GCGACAGCAGCCAGAGUCCGGAGAGGCUGUCUGUUGCAUCCUGAGGGGAAACACACACACCUUUGUCUGGCUGGCUGCACAUCCAUGCAUCCACCUGCAGGAUUUUCGUGAUUUCAUCGGGAUUUCAUCUGGGGAUUACAGUGUGUUUUUGACGUUGAAGCAGCAGCAUCACGGUCACGCUGUUUAUUUACAUCGGUGGAAGUUAUCUGGAGACUUGGAGACGCUGCACAGGAACACUGGGUUUCUGUGUAGCUGUGUGUUUCGUUUGCACGGAUGGAUCCGACUGGAAAUACAUUUGUUGGGUUUUUUAAGUGUUGCCAUCAAAGUUUAAUCUCUUUGUUCCUUCCUGCAGUUUUCCACACACACUGCUAGGCAUGUUCACGUAGCGCGUAAUUUGCGUAAAAGGUGCCCCAGCCUCAGUGUAAAGUGACAGCUCGUCUUUUAAUCCAGGGCUGCAGCGACUCUUACAAUAAAUAAAUGAAUAAAAUCGUGUCCAUCAUGGGGGAUAUUGGAGGAUUACAUCUAUGCACCUGGAGGAAGGAUUCCAGACUGAAGACCUACCUGGGAUUAUUGGUGCUGCUUCACCUCGUGGUCCACUCGGAAGCCUCCUCGGUGUCCAAGUCCUGCGAGAAAAACUGCUUCUCAGGGAAGUGCAUGAACGGGAGCUGUGUGUGUGAGCACGGCUGGGUCGGAGACCAGUGCCAACACUGCCAGGGAAGAUUCAAGUUAACAGAGCUGUCGGGCUUUCUCACAGACGGACCUGUGAACUAUAAGUACAAAACCAAAUGCACGUGGCUGAUAGAAGGAUAUCCUAAUGCAGUGCUCCGGCUGCGCUUCAAUCAUUUUGCCACGGAGUGCAGCUGGGACCACAUGUACGUCUAUGAUGGAGACUCCAUCUACGCCCCUCUGAUUGCUGUCUUCAGUGGUUUGGUGGUUCCAGAGAGCAGAGGUAAUGAGACCGUCCCUGAGGUGGAGACCACGUCCGGAUACGCUCUGCUUCACUUCUUCAGCGACGCCGCCUACAACCUCACCGGCUUCAGCAUCGCAUACUCGAUAAACUCUUGUCCCAACAACUGCUCGGGUCACGGCAGAUGCAGCACAGCGAACUCAGCUUCGGGUCGGGUGUACUGCGAGUGUGAGGAGUACUGGAAAGGAGAGGCGUGCAACAUCCCGUACUGCAGGGGGAACUGUGGCAGCCCGGGCCGAGGGUACUGCGACCUGACCGGAGAGAAGCUGUGCGUCUGUAAUGACAGCUGGCAAGGUCCAGACUGCUCUCUGUCCGUCCCCUCCACUGAGGCCUUCUGGGUUCUGCCCAGCGUCAAACCCUCAGCCCAGUCUCUGGGCCGGGCCUCCCAUCAGGCUCUGGUUCACUCGGGUCUGAUGUGGGUGGUGGGAGGAUACUCCUUCAACUACUCCACCUACCACAUGGUGCUCAACUAUAACUUGGAGAGCAGUACCUGGGAUGCGGUUCCUGUCAGCAGCGGUCCGCUCUACAGAUACGGUCACUCUCUGACUCUGCACCAGGAUGACCUCUACAUGUUUGGCGGGAAGCUGGAGGCGAAGUCGGCCAACGUGACGGACGAGCUGUGGGUCUUCAACAUCCCGAGGCGUACCUGGUCACAGAGGAAACCGGCCCCGCCCCCUCCCUACGGCGUGGAGGGCCACAGCGCUCACCUGGUGGAGCUGAGCGACGGAGAGCUGAUGCUCGUGUUCUUCGGAUACUCGCCCGUCUACAGCUACAUCAACAAGGUCCAGGAGUACAACAUCAGGUCUAACUCGUGGCAGGUGGUGUCUGCAGAGGGCGCUGUGGUGCAGGGAGGUUACGGCCACAGCAGUGUGUACGACCCGGCCAGCGGCUGCGUGUUCGUGCACGGAGGCUACAAGGCGCUGAGCAACAACAAGUUCGGCCUGGUGGACCACAUGUACCGGUACCACGUGCACACCAGGACCUGGGUGAUCCUUGGGGAGAGCGGUGUGUCUCGGUACCUCCACUCGGCGGUUCUUCUGAGCGGCACCGUUCUGGUUUUCGGAGGAAACACUCACAACGACACUUCGCUAAGCAAUGGAGCAAAGUGCUUCUCUGCCGACUUCCUAGCGUACGAUAUCGCCUGUGAUGAGUGGACCGUCCUCCCCAGACCGAAGCUGCACCGAGACGCAAACCGCUUCGGACAUUCGGCCGUGGUCAGCAACGGCUCCAUGUACAUCUUCGGAGGUUUUUCCGGCGUCCUCCUGAACGACGUGCUGGCCUUCACCCCUCCGUCCUGCCCGGCAUUUUCCACCCCGGCUUCGUGUGCCGCUGCUGGGCCGGGUCUCCGCUGCGACUGGGUCAAAAGCACAUGUGUCCCCUGGGAGCCCAAAUCACCCGAGCAUGAUUUUCCCGCUCCUUUCUGCCCCGAGCAACCCGAGAGCACAGACGAGCAGUGUUUCCGGUUCUCCGACUGUGCGAGCUGCACCGCCAACACCAGAGGCUGCCAGUGGUGUGAGGACAGGAAGUGCCUCUCUGCAGCCAGCAACUGCACCGUGCUGACUCUGGAGCUGGCGCAGCAGCAUGGCGGCGCUCUGUCUCUGUCUCGCCCUCCGACCAUGUUGUCUGAGCAUCAGCUGAGCUUGUGGAAACACGGAGCCAAGAGGCGGGGACAUUCGGUGAAGGACGCGUCCAGCUGUAAGCGCCGGGAGGAGCAGGAGUGUUUCAGACUGGCAAACUGCAGGAGCUGCUCCCUCAACGCCAACUGUCAGUGGGAGCUGCAGCAGCAGGAGUGUCAAGCACUGCCUGGCCAGCUGUGCGGGGAGGGCUGGCAUCAUGUCGGAGAGGCCUGCCUGAGGAUCAACUCCAGCAGCGAGAGCUAUGAUAACGCUCAGCACUACUGCAAAAACCUGGGAGGGAACAUCGCCUCUCUGCUCACAGACAAACAAGUCCAUUUUGUUCUGGAAGAGCUGCAGAAAUACCAGCUGCAAGACAAGACCUUAUCUCCCUGGGUGGGCUUGAGGAAGAUCAACGUGUCGUACUGGGGCUGGGAGGACGCCUCCCCCUUCACCAACACCAGCCUGCGGUGGUUACCUGGAGAGCCCAGCGACUCGGGCUUCUGUGCUUACCUGGAGCGGGAGGCGAUGCCCGGUCUCAGAGCCAAUCCCUGCACGGCGCCCACCGACGGCCUGAUCUGUGAGAAACCUGCCGGGAGUCCUCAGAGUCAGAGCACCCGGCCCUGCAGGACACCCUGCACGCUACGCACCAGCUGCAGCAACUGCACCAGCCAGGCCAUGGAGUGCAUGUGGUGCAGCAGUACGCAGCGCUGCGUCGACUCCUCCGCAUACGUCAUCUCCUUCCCAUACGGACAGUGUCUGGAGUGGCAGACCCAGGACUGUGCAGCCCAGAACUGCUCCAGUGUUCGGACGUGUGCAGACUGUUUGGAGAGGACGGAGUGUGGCUGGUGUGGAGACCCCAGUAACACGGGGAAGGGGGUUUGUAUGGAGGGGUCAUACCGGGGCCCUCUGAAGCCGGCUCUCCCGAGGGCCGGGCCCCGAGACCGGGAGAGGCUGAGAGACCGGGACAUGGUGCUGGACCAGAGCCUGUGUUCCUCUGACAGAGGGUACAACUGGGCCUUCAUUCAAUGUCCUGCAUGUCAGUGUAACGGCCACAGCAGGUGUGUGAACGGCAGUGUGUGUGAGCGCUGUGGGAACCUGACGGCCGGCGUGCACUGCCAGAGCUGCAUGCCCGGUUACUAUGGAGACCCCACCAACGGAGGGAAGUGCAACGCGUGUAAGUGUAACAGCCAUGCCAACGUCUGCCAGGUCAACACAGGGAAGUGCUUCUGCACCACCAAGGGCAUCAAGGGAGACCAGUGUCAACUAUGUGACUCAGAGAACCGUUACCUUGGAAACCCUCUCCGAGGAACAUGCUAUUACAACCUGUUGAUCGAUUACCAGUUCACCUUCAGUUUGCUUCAGGAAGACGACCGUCACUACACCAGCAUUAACUUCAUGGCUACACCUGAACAGGCAAACAAGAACCUGGACAUGUCCAUCAACGCCUCCAACAACUUCAACCUCAACAUCACCUGGUCCUUAAGCUCCACAGCUGGCACCAUAUCAGGGGAAGAGAUGCCCAUCAUAGCGAGGACCAACAUCAAGGAGCACCGGGACAGUUUCUCCUGUGAGAAGUUCAACUUCAGACUCCACCACAACAUCACCUUCUACGUCUACGUGACCAACUUCAGCUGGCCAAUCAAGAUCCAGAUUGCGUUCUCUCAGCACAACAGCAUCAUGGACCUGGUGCAGUUCUUCGUUACCUUCUUCAGCUGUUUCCUGUCUCUGCUGCUGGUGGCUGCUGUGGUGUGGAAAGUCAAACAGACCUGCUGGGCCUCGCGACGCAGAGAGCAGCUGAUGAGAGAGCGGCAGCAGAUGGCCAGUCGUCCCUUCGCUUCCGUCGCUGUAGCGCUGGAGGCGGGCGGAGACCGAGAAGAGCUGCUACAGGGGGUACCAAAGCCCAUAGCGAUGGAGCCAUGUUGGGGCAGCAGAGCAGGGGUCCUGACGGUGCUGCUGUACCUGCCCAGAGUCCCGUCAGGAAUACCUCCACCUGGACAGUCUGGUAUUGCUAUAGCCAGCGCCCUGGUGGACACAUCACAACAGCGAAUGAUGGACUUCAAGGAAAGAGGCCUCGGUCUGAAGCACCGCAAACACUUUGUGCUCCACCAAGGGACCUGUGUAUGAUCUGGACUCCCUGAACCACGUCAUGUGGCGUUAUUUUCCUGGACUGAAGACAAAGGGACAUGCAAAAAGUGGGUAUGGGCGACCAUGGUGAGUAGCUUGGAAGAAGAGGAAACGUAUCCGCUAUCCAAAGGCACCAACACUGGGAAAUAUGGCACUUGUUCCCUGGAUCAGACGGACAAACAUCUCCGUCAAGACGCUUUUCUUGUCCCUCGUUUUUUUUGCCAGGAAAACAAGAAGUGGAAAGCUGCAGAUUGACAAUGAAAAUGUGUUUCUGCACCACAGCUCUGCUCGGACAUUUUACUGUGAGUGCUGGCAGGCUUUUCCACUUCCAUGCCAUGUGGCUCUGCAUCUCCAGGGCUCUACUUGUCUGUCAUGCAGUCUGCCAUAUUGACAGAGAAAAACACUUGUUUUGCACCAUUUAACCAAACGUAAUGGCUUGGAGCUCCUGUGGAGGAUAUUGAGCUGAAGUUAACGGAGCUGAAAUGAAGUCCUCCUGACUUACAAACCCACUAGGACUCAGGAGCAAUGCUGGAGAAAACAUAGGGCUUAUGGAUCAAUGCAACACACUGUAGUGGGGGGUGUUCUGUGUAAAUGAUUUGCUAACUGGGGGGGGGACUUCUCCUCUGGGAAUUUUACAGAUUACUACUGUUGAGAUGUAGAAGAUCAUUGAUGCAACUGUUGACAUUUUCUUUGUAAAGUCAAAGUCAUUCUUGUUUUUUUUCCUGCAACAUUUAAACAUUUUGAUAUCUGCUCAGGUCCUCUGUAAUGGAAGGGGUCCAUUUUCUGUAGCUUUUGGGUUACGGUGGACAAAACGCGGCCCAAAACAUUUAGGAGGAACUCGAUGCAUCUUCAGAAACAAUACAAUUAUGAAAACACAAAUGUGCCAAAACACAUUCAACGGGAAAAGCAUCUCCAGCAGGUUGAGGCAACACGAGCAGCGUUUACCAAAAGCUGCAGGAAGCUCCAAACACAACGGAGACCA